AUGUACAUGACAUGGUCUACAUUUAAUAAUAUACGAAUGCUUUUAAUGGCUUGUAUGCCCAUUGUAAUAUUUUACUUAAUUUGGUUAAUAAAUACAUCUGAAGCGAUUCGAAGUGAAGAGGGAACUCUUUUAGAUCUAGUUUGUUGGCCUGAUGGCAAUGCUAUCCCUGUUAUUAUAACAUGUGGUUCGAUUAUUGCAGUUGUAAUAGAGUUGUAUGGUUUGUAUCAACUGUUUAAAGCUGGUCUACCGAAGAGAGAAUAUAACGUGACGAAUGGUUUAUUUUAUUAUUUAUGGGCGCUAAUUACUAUGAUAAUUAUUUUUCUUGCAAUCAUGUUUUAUUCUGGUUUACAAUCAACUAUUAUAAGAGCUAAAAUAAAAGGUGGAAUAACAAAGGCGAUGCUUCGGUAUGCUAUUCAUCUUCCAUCCAAGAUCGCUAUAGAUCGAUUGCAAACAAGGUUCCACUGCUGUGGUAGAGUUGGAUACCAGGAGUGGUUUUAUAUACCGUGGUAUAACUCGGGUCAGAGUACAGAUAUUUUGUCGCUUCGAAAGUUUGUAGCUGAUAACGUGCCAUACAGCUGUUGUUCUAUGGAAACUAUGUGGCCUUGUAUUCACCAUGGCGUCACUCAAAAUGGCACGAUUUAUAAAUAUGAUCCAACGACACAAUUGACUAUUUGGGAAGCUGGUUGCGAAGAAAAAUUGAUAAGCGAAAUGAUGUCAGUCUCAUGGCGUUUCAAUGCUGUUAUGGCUCUGAUCAUAAUAGCGAUGAUUCUCCAAGUAUCCGCUGUUCGCUAUUUACACACAGCAUAUAAGAAUGGUCUAAACGCAGAGAAUCAUUUACCAUGCAACGCGUACCUUUUACGUUCGAGAACGGAUACCAAACCUCAGCCAGGAAGUAAGAAAAAAGUAUUUCGUAAGAGGAAACUGCGUCAAGCGAGAACUUUGCAGUGGGUGACGGCAGCUUAUCGUCCAAGAAAAAGAUACACCACCUCGUCACAAUCAGAUUUCAACAGUUCAGACGAAUUAUUAAAACCUAUUUACGAGUAG